AUCAGUGUGGAAGAUUUGCUAGUGGCAGGGACACAUUUUUCCUCAUGUCUCGGAUAUCAGUGAACACAGACGAAACUACAGAGAAUAAUGACUAGCAGCUGUAAGGUUACUGGAGUCAGUAGAUCAACCCCUCAUACCCUUAACAACCAGAAGCUGAGACUCAUGAGCUGACAUUAUCAUGUCAGUAAAGGCCAUUGGAAGAACUGCACAAGUCACGGCAUGAUUGACAGCAUCCUUUGAAAGGAUAAAAAAACCUGGCAGCCUGAUCGUCCGCCGCCCACCCCGGUUAUGCUUAAAAGCUGUGGUAAAGAAUCACACCAAUACACAGGCACCUCAGUACUUUAGACAUUCACUGUGUCUAGACUCGCUUCUACACACACACACACCUACGUAAGCACUGACAAACACAGGCAUAAACACACGAGUAUGGCAGGCUCCUCCACCAGGCGGACAGCGAACCAACAGGCUGAUCUAAGUCCUGAAGAGAGAGGCCGGUGGGCAAACAAGAUUGAAUUUCUGCUGACUGUGGCUGGAGCUAUCAUUGGGCUUGGAAAUGUUUGGAGGUUCCCAUAUCUUUGCUAUAAAAAUGGAGGCGGGGCUUUUUUUAUUCCAUAUGUCCUGUACCUGCUCACUUGUGGUAUCCCACUUUUUGUGCUUGAGACAUCUUUGGGUCAGUACACCAGUCAGGGAGGCAUCACAUGCUGGAGAAAGAUCUGUCCUCUUUUUGAAGGAAUGGGUUACGCCAGUCAAAUGAUUAUUGUCUAUGGCUCAGUCACCUACAUCAUCAUCAUAGCCUGGGCCUUCCUGUACCUUUUCUCAGCCUUCAGUGCGGAACUGCCCUGGGCCAGCUGCAACAAUCUGUGGAACACAGGUGCUUGUGCUGUGCUUAGUGGGAAGAAUUCUACUUCACAGUGGACGUCUCCUCUUAAUGCUUCUUCCUCUGUGAUGGAGUUCUGGCAUCACAGAGUUUUGCGAUUGUCCAGUGGAAUAGAUCAUUUGGGCACAGUAAGGUGGGACUUGGCUCUUAUACUCUUACUUGUUUGGAUCCUGAUCUACUUCUGCAUCUGGAAAGGCGUGAAAUCUACUGGGAAGGCUGUCUAUUUCACUGCAACAUUCCCUUAUGUUAUGCUUCUGAUACUGCUCCUACGAGGAGUCACUCUACCUGGUGCCAUCAACGGCAUCCACUACUAUAUGUACCCAGAUCUGGCACGGCUAGCUGACCCACAGGUAUGGAUGGAUGCUGGUACUCAAAUCUUUUACUCUUACGCCAUAUGUCUUGGAUACCUUAGCUCUCUUGGAAGCUAUAAUCAAUAUAACAAUAACUGCUACAGGGACUCUUUCUACCUCUGCUUGCUGAACAGCGGAACUAGUUUUUUAGGUGGGUUUGCCAUUUUCUCUGUUCUGGGACACAUGGCACAGGAGCAGGGGGUGGACAUAUCCCUUGUGGCCGAGUCUGGUCCAGGACUGGUGUUUAUAGUGUAUCCCCAGGCGGUAACAAUGUUGCCAUGGUCUCAGUUCUGGGCUGUGUGUUUCUUUAUCAUGAUCAUCCUCCUGGGCUUGGACAGCCAGUUUGUUGGACUGGAGAGCAUUAUGACAUCAGUGACAGACAUGUUUCCCACAGUGUUGAGACGUGGCUUUAGAAGAGAGAUGUUACUUUUAGGGAUUUGCCUUGUCUGCUACCUGAUGGGCCUCUUCAUGAUCACAGAGGGUGGUCUGUACAUCAUUCAGUUGUUUGAUCAUUAUGUGUGUAGUGGAGCCACUCUCCUGUUCCUGGCUACUUGUCAGUCUGUGGCCAUUGGCUGGGUAUAUGGUGCUGACCGAUUCUAUGAGAACAUAGAAAACAUGAUUGGCUACAAACCCUGGCCCAUGAUGAAGUACUGCUGGCUUUAUGUCACCCCGUCUGUCUGCGUAGGCACAUUUAUCUUCUCUCUGGUGAGGUACAGUCCCCUGAAGUUUAAUAACAUAUAUGUGUAUCCAUGGUGGGCAUACGGUAUUGGCUGGUUCCUCGCAGUGUCCUCUCUCUCCCUCAUCCCUAUUACCAUGAUCUACAAACUCUACAAGGGGAAAGGGACUUUCUGGGAGCGUCUCCAGUUGGCUUGCACUCCAGCAGAGGAUCUACCUCAGUCUCAGAGACCCUUAGCACAUCAUUAUAUUCUGUCAUCCUGUACAGACAGAGAAAAGACCCCAGACAACCUUUAAUGUUCAACUGCCAUUAUGUCAGUUGUCCCUAUAUGUUAAAUUGCAGGUCAGUCAAUUAGUCCUAAUGGGUAAAUUAAUUUUUUUCAUUUUUUAGAAAAAAAAAAGUUAUGUGGCCUAGUAAGGGUUAAACUAAUAGAUUAAAAAGGCAAAAGAUUAGGCAUAAGAUAGCAGCUGACAAAAUAAUAUAAAAUAACUGUGAUCCUGGACCACAAAACCGGUCAUAAGGGUCAGUUUUUUGAAAUCCAUUGAUUUCAGACAUAAUCUGAAAGCUGAAUAAAUAAGCUUUCCAUUUAUGUAUGGUUUUUUAGGACAGGAUAAUAUUUGGUUAAGAUACAACUGGAUUCUAAGGGUGCAAAAAAAUCAAAAUAUCGAGAAAAUCACCUUUAAAGUUGUCCAAAUGAAGUUCUUAGCGAUGCAUAUUACUGUCAAAAAAGUUUUGAUAUAUUUACAGUAGGAAAUUUACAAAAUAUCUUCAUGGAACAUGAUCUUUACUUAAUACUCUAAUGAUUUUUGGCAUAAAAGAAAAAUCGAUAAUGUUGACCCAUAUAAUGUACUUUUGGCUAUUGCUACAAAUAUACCUGUGCUACUUCAGACUGGUUUUGUAGACCAGGGUCACAAAUUAACAGUGCCUUGUUUCACAUAAAACAUUUGUUUAUGGACUGUAAUCUAUUAGUGCCAUUUGUGAGGAAAAAAAAGCAAUACUAAUUAUUUGUCUCACAGCAAACACUGAAUCUCGCCUUUACAGAUCCAGAUACUUUUACUAUACAAACACAUACUAUACAUAAGUAUGUAUUGCCUUAAAGCAGAGCAGCCAUGAUGAACAAAGCAGCCAUGCAUUUUGACAGUUGGAUAUUCUCAGGGGACAGCUUAUUAAAGAUUUUCUUUAUGAUUCUCUCAUGCAAGUUAACCUGCUAUGAGAUUAAUUGAGCCUUCAGGUAUUGUUUUUAUGUGAUCCAUGGUAAGAACUUUAUUCAUAUUUCUUUUAGUUUCUUACAGUGAUAUUCAGUGUUUCACAUACCUUGAGGGCAUUAUGUAAAAUGUGCUUAAUCAGCACCAGGGUUUUGGAAAAUGCAAGUCAUGGACAAGGUUGUAAAUGUAUUUUUCUAGUUGUCUUCUAGACGUUUUGUAGUAUAUAGUCUUCAUAGUGUUUUUUUAAACUCAUAUACUAGUAUCUUUUUAGAUUUCUUAUACAUAUAAAACAGAAACAGUAUAAAUGUGAAAAAAAAUAAAUAUAUAUUAUGUAUUAACAGAAUUUUUAGCAGGAUCUUUUUAACAUCCUUCAGAUUAGUCUGCAAAUCAUGCAUAUCAUCUUUUUCCCAAUCUCCCAGAUAAAAAGCAAUGCUUUCAAAUAAUUAAUACUACUCAUUCUCUAUGGAAUCUGCUUACUAACUCAACAAGCACCCAUUUUUGGUCUCCAACAAUAAUAGGAUUUUGUGGGCCAUAACCUCUAUGGCUUUGUUUACUUUCUUCCAUAGACACAGAUUAAGCUUAAUCCAGAAUAGCUGCACUCUGAAAUGUGGGUUUUCCAUAAAAAUCCUUUGAAGUCUAGGAUCAUGAAACAUCUGUCCAGAAAACUGGGAUUAUGGUGAUAUUGGUUCAAACUGAUGUUGUUCUGCCAAAAAAAAAAGUCACUGCUAGGCCAUGUUGUGCAUGUGCUCUUUGUGUUGAAUAUUUAAUAUUUAGCAUCACUUCCAGGAGUUAGAAUAAAGACAGUGAUUUAUGACUGCAAAUUCAGUUGGUGACCUUGUGCUAUGCUUUAUUUCUAUAUGUGACCACAAAACCAUCAUAAGGGACAAUUUUGAGAUUAAUACAUAAUCUGAAAGAUGAAUAAAUAAGAUUUCCAUAGAUGUAGGUUAUGA